AUGGCUCCAUCAGCAAUUGAAACUAUUACCCCGGAGACUGCUAAAGUCCCCAUCAAGCCCUGGACGCGUCCACCCCCGACGACAGCUGAUCUCGAAUGGGCACCUCUCGUCGAGAUCGAUCUGUCGCGGUUCGACGAGCCCGGUGGUAAAGAGGAGCUUGCCCGGCAGCUCUACGAUGCCGUGACGCGCGUUGGCUUCUGGGUUGUCGUUGGCCAUGGAAUCGACGAUGAACGUGUGCUGCGUCAGUUCAGUUUUGGGAACUCUUUCUUCAAGGAGCCGCUCGAAGAAAAACGGCGCUUCCCGUGCAACUUUGCCGAUGGCGAAUAUUUUGGAUACCGCGAGAACUCGAGAUGGGUUGGCGACACGGGUGUAAAGGAGAAUGUCGAGAUGCUGAAUAUUCCCAAGGCAAUCCCCGUUUGGGACAAUGUUCCCCGCCACAACAUUGUGGAACAGAACUACGAGGAGAUUGCCAGUUUUCACCGUGACCUGUUUGACAAGGUCGCACGCAAGCUCUUCGUCCUCAUGUCCAUCAUCCUCGAACUGCCCGAGGACUUUCUGGCCAAAGCUCAUGGCUAUGACGAGACAUCCGACGAUCACCUGCGGUAUAUGAUCUACAACCGACGAACCCAGGAAGAAUGGGAUCGUGCACAGGCAUACUCGAAAGGUGGCCACACAGACUUUGGAAGUCUCACUUUGCUCUUCUCCCAGAACGUGGCGGGCCUCCAGAUCCGCACGCCUGAGGGCCAAUGGAAAUCGGUUAAACCUGUCGAAGGAGGUAUUACAUGCAAUAUCGCCGAUACCUUGACUUUCCUCACCAACGGAUUUUUGAAAUCCACAAUCCACCGCGUUGUCACGCCGCCACCUGACCAGCUUGACAUCUCCCGUUUGGGACUGCUAUAUUUCGUUCGACCGGGAGACAACACUGCCAUGAGGACUGUUCCUUCGCCCUUGCUUGAGAGAUUGGGUCUCUUGAGCGAAGAGGAUAAGAACUCUAAUAAGCCGGUCCCCUCGGGCACCGAAUAUGUUCGGGCUCGUGUCAGGGACGUGCACUACAAGACUGUGUUGGAUAAGCGCGAGGGCACAUCGUUUGAGUUCAAGGGUCUCAAAGUGCAGAAUUAUUUUGACUAA